AUGGCUGGAGUGGUGGGGGGAGGGUUCGCCUCGCAGCGUAGAAAGACCACCACCACCACCACCACCACCACCACCACCACCACCACCACCACCACCACCACCACCACCACCACCACCACCACCACCACCACCACCACCACCACCACCACCACCACCACCACCACCACCACCACACCACCACCACCACCACCACCACCACCACCACCACCACCACCACCACCACCACCACCACCACCACCACCACCACCACCACCACCACCACCACCACCACCACCACCACCACCACCACCACCACCACCACCACCACCACCACCACCACCACCACCACCACCACCACCACCACCACCACCACCACCACCACCACCACCACCACCACCACCACCACCACCACCACCACCACCACCACCACCACCACCACCACCACCACCACCACCACCACCACCACCACCACCACCACCACCACCACCACCACCACCACCACCACCACCACCACCACCACCACCACCACCACCACCACCACCACCAUCACGACCGUUCACCUCAGAGUCUAUUGACGACCAGACCUCCUUCCAGUCCUUCUCUUCUGUGCCUGACACGACGCCCUUCCUUGCAUCCUCCGCAUCCCCUUCACUUCCACUUUCGCUGCCGCUAUCGCUGUCAUUCCCACUGGCAUUACCAGAUUUGCUUCUCCUGCUCCAGCUUCUCCUCGUGUUUAUGCUGCCAGAAGCACCAGCGCACCGGUUUGGCCCGCAGCACCAACCUCAACACUGCUCCCAUCAGCGCUCUCAACCCGGCGACCUUUUCCCAUCUCUCUCUCCUCCCCCCUCAGUUCACCUUGCUCCUCCGGAUCAUCCCACGGGUAUCGCGCCUCUGUUUCUUGCACCUGCACCUUCAUACGUGCGCCUGCUUUGUUUCCUACCUUCAUCCCCGUCGGUUCUCCUCUUUCCUCAGCAGCACGGCUCACAGGCACUGCGUCCUGCUGCUGCCUCUCUGCUGCUUUACCUCCCGGUACUUCUACUUUCCUGCCCUCUGACCCGUUUCUAA